AUGCAACCCGGAUCCCGCUGCCAAUGGUAUAAUUCGCACGGGGCUGCAACGCUGAUUCGCCCUAGGCGGCCCUUACCGACGAACCCCUUCUCUGCCAAGCCCGCUAUCGCCCAGGGCUCGCCAGCCUCUCCGUACUCUGACAGAGGACCAGAGACAGAGAGAGCCCUGAACAUCAUUUGGUCAGCCCAACGCCCUCUGCUGGUCGGCGAUACACCUACCAUGUACGCACAGGAUUUUCGCAGGGUCUCUUCAAGCGCAAUCAUACCCUUGGCCUCACCAACAUGA